UCUUUUUUUCUUUUUUCUUUUUUUUUUGUUGUGGAUUUCUUGAUUUCGGACUUUUUCCGUUUUUUUUAAAAGAAAAUAUAGUCCUAUGUUACCGAUGGAACAGGGGCCAAAUCGUUGACCCUACAGUGUCCUUUGGAUGUCGCCCGUGUCAUCGUGAACUCUGCCGGGGAUGGCUCUCCUCUCUCGGCGGGACGGUUACCGCAGCCGCCGCCGUGGAGAAGAAUAACGGGAGGAGGAGAGGGGAGGAGGGGGGGUAACGGAAUUACCUCUCAGACCGAAGAGCUGUGCGAGUCGACGCCUUGCUCAUGUAGACUCCAGGAAUUUUACGCUGGAGACGCUGGAUAUAUUGCACCCUAUAUUGUUUUAUAGGUAGACCUCGAUUUGCAUGCUGUUUUUUCUUUCUUUCUUUUUUCUUUCUUUUUUUUUUUUAAAUCGGCUAUAAAUAGACAAAACUCCUGCAUUCACACUGCACGAACCCUUAAUCCGACAUACAGCUGUCUUAACUCGUUAAGUCACAUUUCCAUGCGGAAUUGGGGCUCUAAAUGGAGAGCAUGUGGACUGGAGCCUGUCCAUGCCUCAGACAGUCGCUUCAUUUAGAUUCACGACGGCGAUCUUUGAUCAUGAUUCACGUCACCGGCUGGACGUCGUCGUCUUUCCUGCGGAUUAUCUUCUGAUGAAUUAUACAAACGGAAAUCCGACUCCAAGAUGUAACAUUGGCAGCUCUUUUAAUAAUUUAGCUCAGAAUUACCGGCGGCCUCUCGACGAGCUUGUCAAAUCGGUGUGUAGACCCCCCCACUCUUCUCCGUGCAGUUGUUUUUGUAUCUUGACAGCAUGCGGCGCAUCAGCUGCGCGCGUCAGAAAAGUUGCGAUGGCCAACUUCUGCAAGUGAAGUUGCGUUUUCGCACCGGAAAGCAUGCGCUCUGCGGCUGUGAAGCUUCUCUAUUGGCUUGCCUUCCUCUGCUGUCACAGUAUCGGAUCGACGCAUGACCAUUUUUGUCAUCCUUGAUAUAUAAAGGCGUUUUUGGUUUUGUAGACCUUUUUUUAAAUUAUUAUUAUUAUUAUUAUUAUUGGAGGGUUAGGGAGGGAGAAAGGAGCGUGUUAGGUCCAAAAACUCAUGGUGAUUCUUCCCUGCUGUUUCCAUGCGUCUUUCUUCUUCUCCUCCGCCUCCUUCUCCAGAGCUUUGGGCGCUUUUGUGGACUGUGUUACAAUUCAGUGCGAUGGGCUGCAUUCAGAGUCUCAAGUGUAAGCCCAAAAGUUUCCGAGACAGCGUCCUCGUCCUGGACCUGAACACGUCCAUCGACUCCAAACCCACCAGCAUCGACGAGGCGUCCAGCGUGGUCCUGCGCUACCGGACGCCGCACUUCCGAGCUCAAGCGCGGCUCCUGGUGCCGCCCAUGGCGGCCGACGAGACGUGGACCAUCGGGUGGAUCCAGGCGUGUAACCAUAUGAUGUUCUACAAUACAUACGGGGACAAAGGGCUGUCAAGCUGGGAGCUUCCAGACCUGGAUGAUGGCAAGAUCCAAGCAAUCAGUGACUCAGAUGGCGUCAACUACCCAUGGUAUGGCAACACAACAGAGACCUGCACUGUGGUAGGGCCCACCAAGAAGGACACCAAGUUCACAGUCAGCAUGAACGACAAUUUUUACCCCAGCGUGACUUGGGGAAUACCGGUCAGCGACAGCAACGUGCCUCUGCUCAGCAGCAUCCGACGUGACCAGAGCUUUACCACGUGGCUGGUUGCCAUCAACCAAGCCACCUCAGAGACAGUCGUCCUCCGGACAAUCCGUUGGAGGAUGCGGCUUCAUAUUCAGGUGGACCCAGAGAGGCCUCUGGGUCAAAGGGCUGUUUUAAAGGAGCCUCUGUUCCAGGAACAGCCUAAGAUACUGGUCCAGAAUGAACCCAUCCCCCCCAACGCCAUGGUGAAGCCCAACGCCAAUGACGCCCAGGUGCUUAUGUGGCGGCCAAAGAAAGGUGAUCCCAUGGUGGUCAUCCCAUCUAAAUACUGAUCUGCUCCUCUGACCAGACUGGCCUUUGAUACCUGCUCUACUUCAUCCCUUAACUCUAUGUUUUGUUUACGUUUCGCUCUCCGUUUUCACUAUCCUCAGUGCUUUAAUCCGUUUUUAAUUUUAAUUUUUUCCCCCCCAAUUCUUUGCUUCUAUAAUCCCCAAUGUCAGUUAAAUAAAGACUGGCAAACACGA